AUGGUCACGGGACGUGGAGCCCAAGACUUCAUCGCACAAUCAGGCAGUCUUGAUCCCGCGGCAAUCUUCCUUCCGUUUGCGUGGUCGGCCGUGAAGACGUCAGAUUUCGGCCCACACAAAACGAAGAAGCAAACGCCUCAUCCGACCAGUCUCUAUUCGGUGGCCGCGCUGACCGCCCUACACAUGGGCGUGCCUUGCAGUCGAAUCAAAAAGUUGACUGGACUAAGCGACACGCCCACAUCUUCCGCAGCAACAUUGCUGGGACUCGGCUCCGGGUUCGGAGUAACCGGGGCUCUGGGCGCGGCUGUCGCUGUGGCCAGUGGGUUUGGCGGUGUGAUUUCGAGCCGAGAAGUGGAGGCUGCUGCCGGUGCAGGAGGUGCAACUUGCCCUUCUGGCAUUUCGGGCUCCAGUUCCACGAUAGCCGUGAGGGGUGGCGGCGUUCCAACUCCAAGCAUGACAGCCAAAAGCAGAGUCAGUUCUCGUCGCUUUUCGUUGCCGGAACCAGGCGCCGCGUACGACGACGCCGAUUUCCUCGUGACUCAUCCGGCUGUCACCUUCAGAUCCGGUCGUCUUACUACGGCCAUGGGCUCGAGUCCGGGUCGCGAGGCAAGUUGUAGCCCUUCUCCCGGUUCCGGGACAACCACCGCUUGGCUGCGGUAUUCGCAGCGCUUGACUGGCAGACAGUCCGGUAUCUAUGGCUUGCAGCCUUUAGCGGGACACCAUAUCAGGCAUCAGCAGGCUCAUGCUAGACAACACCAGCUGUACUAUCAAUAUCUGGACCAGCUCUCGAGGCGCAAAGGGCUAAACAAUUGCCAACAGGGCGGGCAUGGAAGCGAGACUAAAAAGGACCGACGAUCACCUCUUAUCAAACAAGCCUCAUUGACAGAUCAAACUUUUGUGAUGGCAUCAACAUUUGGGCAAACUAGA